GUCUCUUACCUCUUAUAAGGUGGACUGAUUCCUCUUUGGAAUUCGUCUGAGCAGCAUGGCGCAGGGAAAGCUGAAAGUGAAGACCAAGCUUCCAGCGGGCGCUAAGAAGCAGAAGCAGCGCCCAAAGAAACCCUUAGGUCCCAAGAAAGGAGCCCGGCAGAUUGCUCCAAAGAAGAACAAGAUUGUUCAGGCAGUCAAGCUUCAAAAGGGUCUGGAGAAGGAGCUGAGGAUGAACAUUGAGCAGGAGAUGAGCAGCAGGGCCAGCCGAGAGGGGAAACCCUUCACUGUCGCUGGGUUAAGUCAAGACUCUAGUUCAAAAGACUCCAAGAAGUAGAAAAAGUUCACGAUUUCACUUUGGACUGCCUUCCAAGUUGUGAACAUACAGAUUCAUCACAUGCAGAUUUAUGCAUUGGGACUCUUGCCAGGAUUUAGAGAAGAGACCAAUUGGUGGGAAUGUUGUCUUGACUCUUUCACUCGUGGAGAUCUUGAUCUGUUUUCCAUGAGAUAAGAAACUAAAUGUAGUGGUAUUCUGUGCUUGAUUAUUGAUUUACAGGGUUGGACAAGUUUUCUGUUUCUAAAAUUCACUUGUCCUAUUGGGCAAGUGAAUAAAAGAUUUACUUGCCUGAACCAACUUUUCACUUGCCCAAAAUUCAAAUUUACAUUUAUAUGCAUUCCCACUUCCAGCAAUGGAAUUCUUAUUAUUGCCCUUAUUUUUCUAUGUUGACCAAUGCUUGAUGUCAUGACUGUAGAAAGUGAUAUUAGUAUAUCAAAACCUCACUCAAUGGAAAAAUUUUACUUGCCCAAUGGGGUAAGUGGGGUACCAUAGUCAUGCACUUGCCCGAUCAGCUCUUUCACUUGCUAUGGGGUUAGGGCACUUGUACAACCCUGAUUUAUACUAUUUAAUCAGAACGACUUUUUUG